AUGACCAUCAAAAUCAAAGUAGAGUUCCUCGGAGGACUCGAUGUUAUAUCCUCAUCUGUUAGAGAACAUAAAGCAAUUCUCCCGUUCGAUGAGGGAGAAGCUACUAUGAAGGAUGCAAUCAAAUAUAUUUGUGAUAAUAUCAUCACUGACCCCAAAGAUGUACCUGUUUUUAUCGAGGAUGACAGUGUACGACCAGGAAUAUUAGUGCUUAUUAAUGACACAGACUGGGAAUUGGAAGGUAUGGAAGAUUACGUAAUUGAAAGUGGAGAUGUUUUGACUUUUACAAGUACGUUACAUGGUGGAUAG